AUUGGAAGGCGCACCAUCUUCCGCUGACUUAAUGUCGCGAUUGCAAACGAUCAUAGAGCGUAAUGAAAUUAAUCUGAUUCAAACACGUCGAGAGAGGGCAGAACGCAGCGCGGCGCAGUCACUUCGGCAGCAGCAAGAUCGCGCCUACGAGGAGUCGUUACGCGCGGAUCAGGAGAAGGAUCGCAGGAGAGAGGAGGAGCGAAGGGCGCGUGAGGAGCAAGAGGCGCGGGAGAAGGAAGAGUUGGACGCUCAAGAGCUGGAGAUUCAACGUAUACGUCUCGAGAAGGAACUGACCAUUGAAAAAGUGCCCCUCGAGCCGCAGCCGUCUAAUCCCAGUGCGUGUCAUCUUCAAAUUAAGCUUGGAGAGAGAACGAUGAAAAGACGAUUUCUUAUGACUGAUACAGUCAAA